UUCAUUAUCCUAUGGCAGGGAGGAAAAAAAUUGCAUAAAAAGCCCGUUUCAAUGAAACAGACAUUUUUGAUCACACAGUCAACGAUAAACCGUUCACUACGUCAAUUGCACAGCGAGUGUUGAUGCGAAAUUGGGAAUUCCAAUCCACAAACUUUACGUUGAAAAAAAAAAUCAAAAGAUAUUUUAUGGGUUCCAUAACAAAAAUGUAUACGAUUAAUUACUACGAAAAAAGUGAAAAUGUUUGAAUAUUGUUUGAUUUACACGUUAAACGAAUUAUCCAAGACCAACUGUUUAAAACACGAAGCCAAACAUAUUUUCGGCUUGUUUGUGUAUGACAUAAUUCAUUUGUAACGAUUCUUUGUUUGUGUUUUGUUUUGUCCGUUAGAAUUCAAAUUCGGUAAUGAUUCACAGAUAAACCAGUGCCAAAACAAAAACAGAAUGUAAACAAUCAUGUAAGAAAAACGGCGCUUCCGUUCGAUUGAAAAUUCAAUGUUUUCCAAGAAAUCGCGCAGAUGAUUUCGAACAAUGGAUCGAUUGAGAUAUUUUGUAAGCUGUCGUCAUACAUACGAGACAAAUGAUAACGUCACGAAAUUGAGCAGAUAAAAAAAAAUUAUGAAUAAAAUAUACACAUCAAACUGGUUUCUGCCAAAUGUUCAAUACUGAAUUAAUUUACACGCUUGCGCGAUAAAUGUGUUUUUUAGCGCCGACCAAAUGAAGAAUUCAAAUGAAUUGCAUCAAAAUGUGCCUAGUCAGUGGCUUCAUAAUUUAUAAGCUUUGCUAGUGAUCUUCAGUUUGCGUUUCGACACUGUCCACAUUCUCGUCGUUGCGGUCAUAAUAGUAGUGUCGAUCACUGUAUUUGGGCAAUAAUUCUGAACAUUAUUGCUCUCAGUCGAGAACACUCAAUAGAGGAUAUGAGGAUGGCAAAGAAAUUUGGUGUCAUUUGGAUGUGUUAAUUAAAUAUUGUGAAUUUCAAGUUCAUUUGCGUUGCUUUUGGCUGCUGAUGCGGAAUUGUUUUAACACAGAUCAGUCGUAGUAAUUCAUGGUAGAAAUACCAAGAACUUGGAUAAUAGCACAAUUAUUUAUUGUUUAUGAUCGAAGGUGCAAUAACACACUGAAAAACGCAUUGUAUACAUUUGUGUUCUUUUGUUUUUAUUUUGCACAAAAAAAUAACGGCGCUAGCUCACAUCAAUGAAAUGAUUGCUGAGAACUUAAGUUUCAACUUGAAACUUUCAAGGAUGCGUAACAAUCGAAUCCUUCCCCUCUUUAAAGCACUGGCUAUUUAUUUUCAAAUUAAUAAAACACUUCAAAGGAUUCAUUUCGGUGAAAUUGUAGAGUAUCUGAUGUCAAACAGGUGUCCGUAGUUUGGUAUAUGUGGCGUGUCUAGAUCGUGAUUCACUCAAAAAAGUGUUUAUUGAACUGUCAACAAUAAUUUAAUUUCACAACGUGUAAAAAACAACAAUAACAAUAACAACAACAAGAGCAACACAGAACUGUCGAGCACAGGUACAUUUACUCUCUAAGAUGGAAGUAAUAUAUCAUGACGGAUGUUCAAUGUAAAAUUCAUAGUGACAGUGGCAUUUUAAAAAGGAAUUCCUGUUAAACAAUUUCUAUAAAUUUGAUAUCGUUACCCGCGUGUUGAAUCUAACGGUGAUAAAAUUCAAUUGAAUUCAAAUAGAAUAGAAAAAAGCGAAGAAAAAUAGUACAAAGCGUGCAGUGCACUCUCCACUUUUUAAUGGACCAUUUGGUGCUGUGUUUAAAAAUCACUGAGUUUGAGUGAACGUUUUUUAAUGAAUGAACUGCUGCUACACAAUGAAAUGAUGUGCAUUAAAGGACAAUGCCCAACGAUAAGCAACGCCAAACCGUUUGGAUGCUAUGCACCAAAUAACAAGAAAUAACAUGAAAUGCUGCAAACAACACACUGAUUCACUGACAAAAUUCACCGUCAAAUUAACUGGAGCCAACCCAGCCAAGAAGAAGAAAGAAAGAAAUAACAAACAAGAAGCAAAUCGGUGGUUCGGGACAUUUCAAUUCAUCGAAGUGAGAAAUUUAGUGAAAGAAGAAGAAGAAAACACACACAAAACGAUUCGCACAAGAAAACCGACUCACAUACACACAUAGAUAAAUAAAAACAUACACACACAGAGUGUGGAUGCAUUCAAAAUGGGAAAAUCUGACACAAAGCGUUAUUUACACAUGAGCUACAAACGAAUUAUCACUUACAUGUGUUACACAAGUUUAAUUAUUGGAUGGCAACGAUUUAAUUGCAUUAGUUUGCUUGGCGUGAUGUCAAUGGAGUUCUUAAAUGGAAAUAACGAUUUAACAACGGCUGAAGAAGCGGUAAAUUUGUCAUUGACAUCAAUGAAAUCGGUUGAAAAUGAGGCAUUGGAUCGCUUUCCAAGUGUAUUAUCGGAAGAAUCGAUAUUGGACUCGUCGAAAUUGGAUUUUGGAACACCGAAUGCUGUUGAUAAUUCACCGAUUCGCGGAUGGGAAUGCUAUUGUUGGAACACAACAACGGGUUAUGUCUAUGGCGAGGGUGAAUUGGAAUGUCGAUGUAAAGGAUUGGCGUUGGUUCGUGUGCCACAACGUUUGCCCGUGAAUAUGCAACGUUUAUCGAUUUCAGCGGCCGGCAUACCAAUGCUACGCUACACCGGUCUCAAAAAGUAUGGAUCUUCAUUGCAAGACAUAAUGUUCACUGAUUUGAUGGAGUUCGAAUCCAUCCAACCGGGUGCUUUUUCCAAAUUGGCUUGUUUAAGAACCAUCUACAUUUCGAAUUGUAGAAAGCUUAUGUAUUUGUCCGCCAAUGUCUUCGAGGGAAUCACGCCGACAUUUAAAUCGCUCCGAAUUAUUAACUGUGCACUUAAACGGAUUCCUGAUAUGAGCUAUCUAUCAACAGGGACUAUAUUUAAUAUGGUAGAUUUCGAAGGCAAUCAAAUCGAUGAGAUUUAUCCGAAAUCUGUGAAAAUUCGGACCGAACAAUUCAUUCUAAAUAACAAUGAUCUCACUUAUAUUCAUGAUUCGGCAUUCUUUGGGUCGGAAAUAGCUAAACUAUCGUUCAAAGCCAAUAAAAAGCUAAGAAAUAUUCAUCAAAACGGUUUUGCUGGCAUCCUCAAUGUGAUGGAAUUAGAUUUAUCAAACACGUCGAUCGAAUCGAUGCCGCACAAUGGUUUGGAAAAGCUUGAAGUGUUGCGAAUUCAAAAUACCCACUCUCUGAAAACCAUCCCAUCAGUGUAUGCAUUCCAAAAUUUGCGAUAUGCUUGGCUUACACAUCCGUUCCACUGUUGUGCUUUCAAAUUUCCCCAGAGACAUGAUCCGCAGCGCCAUGCUCAGCGAGAGAAAUAUUUGGCUGAAUUGCAUAAAAAAUGCAUGAACAACGAACUGAUGAUGGAUACUAAAGUAAAACACGAUGGAAACUUUGCAAAUCUCGAAUCAAUUGAAACUUUUCGACAACUCAACGGAUCCACCGAUGUCAUUGACGAAACCAACGCCACCAACAAAUUACUGUACAAAAGAGCCGCGAACGAUCCGGGAGAAAGUUUCUAUAAUCACUUCGAAGACAGCGUUAUUGGUUCGUUUACUGAGAACUCAUCGUUAGAAUACAGCAUAUCAUCAUCGGAUAGUAAUGCAAUAACCGGAGCACCGGUGAGCUAUCAAGAUAAUAGCGAUGUUUCGAAUAAUUUUCUAGCGAAUAACAUCGAUUUCGGGGAGUUUAUGGAUUCAACCGCCGACGUUGAUCCAGACAAAGUAAAGCAUGCUGUUUGUGGAAAGCUAACGAUCAAAAAAAUAGAUAUCAAGUGCUUUCCCGUGCCGGAUGCUCUGAAUCCGUGUGAAGAUGUGAUGGGAUCACAGUGGUUGCGUACAUCCGUUUGGAUUGUUGUAUUGUUGGCUGUCUUUGGGAAUGUGGCGGUGCUGUUGGUGCUAUUUUCAAAUUGGAAUGAAGUGACGGUGCCGAAAUUUCUAAUAAGUCAUCUUGCGUUUGCCGAUUUGUGUCUGGGUCUUUAUCUGCUACUUAUCGCAUCGAUUGACAUCCAUUCGAUGGGGGAGUACUUUAACUUUGCUUACGACUGGCAAUAUGGCAUUGGAUGCAAGGUGGCGGGAUUUCUUACAGUGUUUGCGACGCAUUUAUCCGUUUUCACAUUGACCUUAAUAACCAUUGAGCGCUGGUAUGCAAUAACACAUGCCAUUUAUCUAAAUAAAAGAAUUAAAAUAAGAGCCGCCUCAUGCAUUAUGGUCUGCGGUUGGAUAUAUUCCAUGGUGAUGUCAUCGCUUCCGCUGUUCGGCUUCAGUAACUAUUCAUCAACCAGUAUUUGUCUGCCGAUGGAGGCACGGGAUUCACUUGACAUCGCCUAUUUGGUGGCGAUCAUGGCAAUAAAUGGUUUGGCAUUUUGUAUAAUCGCCAUAUGCUAUGCACGUAUGUACUUUUCAUUGGACAAAGGCACACGGCAUGCCGUAACACAGGUGUCAAGAGGUGAAAUGACGGUUGCAAAAAAAAUGGCAUUGUUGGUGUUUACAAAUUUUGCGUGUUGGGCACCGAUCGCAUUCUUUGGGCUAACUGCAUUAGCCGGUCUACCCCUUAUCGAUGUUGCCAAAUCCAAAAUAUUGCUCGUUUUCUUCUAUCCGCUGAAUUCGUGUGCGGAUCCAUAUUUGUAUGCGAUUCUUACAUCGCAAUAUCGACGUGAUUUAUUUGUACUGCUAUCCAAAUAUGGUCUGUUUCAGAAAACGGCACAACAGUACAAAAUGAACUAUUCAAUACCAACGACACAUCAGACGUGUCCGAUUCCGUUGCUCGAUCGGAGGCGCUCAUCAUCGCAGCCAGACCCGAACGGAGGCAAAAAACUAAAGGAUGAAACCAAUCGAAAGGAGGACUUUGUAUGAUAUUAGGCUCCAUAUGAUAUGGAGCCUUUAAGUCACACAAACACACACACACACACACACAUUUCGCACGAAUCUAACUAAUUUAAAUCUUAUACAUCUGAUGAAUUAUUAUCUGUAUUGAUUGGAUUACCUAACCUAAUUUGGAUUUAAGUAUUCUAAGCGACCAAAAAAAAAACAGAGACACAACAUAAAUAAAUCAAUUAAUAUAUCAAAAGUGUUA